UUCAAUCCCCUUGUGGCCUAUAUAAAGUCACCUUUCCACUUGUGUCGUAGAAAAAAUUUCGAAAUUUAGAGUAAUAUCAUCAUCACUCUAAUGUCGGCCUCAGUCGACAACCGCCAGUUCACUCACCUUGAAUCCACCUUAAACGGCAUCGUUCGUCCUUAUAAACCCAGUCCACAUCACCGGCCUGACUCCCCCGUCCGUUCCUCCCACAAUACUUCCACUCACAAGAAACAAUUAUUCAACGACGAAAACGACUCCUCAAGUGAAGACGAAAAUGAGACUGGUUACAAAGAGAUUAUCAGCAAAGGCAACAAUGAACUUGAACCAUCGACCCUCGACUCCAGAGACGAAGGAACCGCAGAUAACUGGAUCCCACGCAACUCUUCCAUGGUCCGUCUCACAGGGAAGCAUCCCUUCAACUCCGAGCCUCCACUAACCAGACUUAUGCACUACGGUUUCAUAACCCCGGCCCCACUUCAUUAUGUUCGCAAUCACGGAGCCGUUCCAAAGGCCACGUGGGACGACUGGACGGUAGAGAUUACCGGUUUGGUGAAACGGCCAGCGCAGCUCACUAUGGAACAAUUGGUGAACGAUUUCCCCAGCCGUGAGUUUCCCGUUACACUUGUGUGCGCCGGCAACAGACGAAAAGAACAAAACAUGGUCAGGCAAACAAUCGGCUUUAACUGGGGCGCUGCAGGGAUCUCCACUUCCGUGUGGCGCGGUGUACCAUUACGCGAUGUGCUGAAACGCUGCGGCAUCUUCAGCCGUAAAAAUGGAGCCUUGAAUGUUUGCUUCGAAGGAGCGGAAGAUUUGCCAGGCGGCGGAGGGUCCAAGUACGGGACCAGUAUUAAGAAGGAGCUUGCAAUGGAUCCUUCACGGGAUAUCAUACUAGCAUACAUGCAAAAUGGUGAGCGUUUAUCGCCGGAUCACGGCUUUCCGGUGAGGAUGAUUAUUCCAGGAUUCAUCGGCGGGCGGAUGGUGAAGUGGUUAAAGAGAAUUGUGGUGACCACUCAAGAGUCAGACAAUUAUUACCAUUACAAAGACAACAGAGUACUUCCUUCUCACGUUGACACUGAGCUCGCCAAUGCUGAAGCUUGGUGGUAUAAGCCGGAGUACAUAAUCAAUGAGCUAAACAUAAACUCAACAAUAACAACACCACGCCACGAUGAGGUAUUGCCGAUUAGCCCGUUGACCUGCCAAAAACCAUACACUUUAAAAGGUUAUGCAUAUUCUGGUGGCGGCAAGAAGGUGACACGUGUGGAGGUAACUCUGAAUGGUGGAGAAACAUGGCACGUGUGCAAUUUGGAACACCCUGAGAAGCCCAAUAAGUAUGGCAAAUACUGGUGCUGGUGCAUUUGGUCCCUACAGGUGGAGGUUACGGAGAUUGUUGGAGCCAAGGAGAUUGCGGUUCGAGCAUGGGACGAAACGCUCAACACCCAGCCCGAGAAACUGAAUUGGAAUGUGAUGGGAAUGAUGAACAACUGCUGGUUUCGAGUGAAGACAAAUGUGUGCAAGCCCCGCAAGGGAGAAAUUGGUAUUGUGUUUGAACAUCCAACGCAACCCGGAAACCAAUCCGGCGGAUGGAUGGCAAAAGAAAGGCAUCUCGAGAAAUCCUCGGACGCCAACCCAACUUCGAAGAGGAGUGUCUCGUCGCCCUUUAUGAACACCCCCUCAAAAACUUUCUCCAUGUCCGAGGUCAAAGAACACAACUCAGCUGACUGUGCUUGGAUCAUCGUUCACGGCCAAAUCUAUGACUGUACUCGUUUCCUUAAGGAUCACCCUGGUGGCGCUGAUAGCAUCUUGAUCAAUGCUGGCACCGAUUGCACUGAAGAGUUUGACGCCAUUCAUUCUGAUAAAGCUAAGAAAAUGCUUGAAGAUUAUCGCAUUGGUGAGCUGACAUCUACUGUGGACACCCAUGUAGCUCCUAUCAAAGAGAUUGUGCCUACAAGAAGUGUGGCAGUUGUGCCACGAGAAAAAAUCCCCUGUAAGCUGGUUGAAAAGAUCUCUCUUUCUCACGAUGUGCAUCUCUUCAGAUUUGCCUUACCAUCCGAAGAUCAGGUUUUGGGAUUACCAGUGGGUAAGCACAUAAUCAUAUGCGCAACCAUUGAUAAUAAGUUGAGUAUGCGAGCUUACACGCCAACGACCUCCGUUGAUGAAGUGGGGCAUUUCGAUCUUGUGGUGAAGAUUUAUUUCAAGAAUGUGCACCCAAAAUUUCCCGACGGAGGACUCAUGUCACAGCACUUAAAUUCUUUGCCUUUAGGGUCUGUGUUAGACGUGAAGGGUCCAUUGGGUCACAUUGAAUACACUGGCCAUGGUAAUUUCUUGGUUCAUGGUAAGGCAAAAUCCGCUAAGAAGCUGGCUAUGUUAGCCGGUGGCACAGGAAUCACCCCUAUCUAUCAAGUGGCACAGGCAAUUUUGAAGGACACAGAAGAUGAAACAGAGAUGUAUGUGGUGUAUGCCAACAGGACUGAAGAUGAUAUUCUACUGAAAGAACAACUUGACGAGUGGGCUAAAAAGUAUGAUCGAUUCAAGGUAUGGUAUGUAAUAAAAGAAUCAGUAAGAGAAGGAUGGCAAUAUAGCUUGGGAUUCAUCACUGAGGACAUUAUGAGAGAGCACCUCCCGGAGGGAUCAGACGAUGUGCUGGCUUUGGCUUGUGGUCCGCCGCCCAUGAUUCAGUUUGCGGUGCAGCCCAAUUUGGAGAAACUGAAUUACGAUAUCAAGAAUUCGGUGUUGGUAUUUUAAAUGAUCAGAGAAGAGAGAUGGGGCUGUAAAUACUAUUUAUUUUUACUUUUGAAUUUGUCUGUUAAAUUGUUAUUUUUUUUCCUUAAAAGUAAAAACUAAAAAAAUGUUCAGCCUUUCGGUCUUUUGUCUUUUUUCUUGUAAUUUUUUUGGUAAAAGUUUCUAUAUUGUGGCCCGAGACAAUGUUUUGAGCUGAAGUUGGAAAAACAUGAUUUUCAAUGAAGUCUGGACCCUGUAAUUUGGCAAUAAAGUUUUAUUUUUUUUA